AUGGAAGACUUAAUUAUACAUUUAUCUGUGUUCUCUAAAGCAACCAAUAUCGAUACGGAAUAUGAGAGUAAGCUUAAGAUAGUGCUAAAUAAAAAUGAAGUUAAAGUGAAGCCACUCCCAAUAGAAACUACUCUAGCAACACCAUCUAUUGAAACUAAGAGCACUGUUAACAACAUAGAAUUAGAAAUACAGAACAACCCUUGUAAGAGAAAUAUGGCAGAACAAGAA